UGUGAGGAGAGGCGGCCAUUAGGUGGGAGGCUGCGUCUGCAGGCUCUUUCUGGCCGGAGAGAGUGAGGGGGGUAGUUGAGCUAAAUCGGCCAGCACUUUGCGUGUCCUUCCUAUUAAUCCGGCGACUGGCCAGAAAUGUCGAGAAGACGGCACAGUGACGAUAAUGAUGGGCAACCUCACAAGAGGAGGAGAACAUCUGAACCAAUUGAAAUUGAAGAUCGAUUGGAGUCUCUGAUAUGUCGUGUAGGAGAAAAGAGCACGUCUUCAUUAGAGAGCAAUCUGGAAGGACUAGCAGGUGUUUUGGAAGCAGAUCUGCCAAACUAUAAAAGUAAAAUCUUGAGAAUACUUUGUGCAGUAGCAAGGCAGCUUCCAGAAAAAUUACCUGUAUACACAACACUCGUCGGCCUACUAAAUGCCAGGAAUUACAACUUUGGUGGUGAAUUCGUCGAAGCUAUGAUCAGACAGCUUAAAGAAAUUUUGAAAGCCAAUUUAUACAAUGAGGCAGUUUUUGCUGUUCGUUUUUUGUCUGAUCUCGUGAAUUGUCAUGUGAUUGCUGCUCCAUCAAUGGUGGCAAUGUUUGAAAACUUUAUCAGUGUAACACAAGAAGAGGACAUACCACAGGUGCGCUCUGACUGGUACGUGUAUUCGGUGCUUUCUUCUCUUCCUUGGGUUGGAAAGGAGCUCUAUGAGAAAAAAGAUGUUGAGAUGGAUCGAAUUCUUUUGCAGAUCGAAAGUUAUCUGAAGAGACGACAAAAACAUCAUGUCCCAAUGCUACAGUCCUGGAAUGCUGAACAGCCACAUUUACAGGAGGAGUACUUGGACUGUCUUUGGGCACAAAUUCAGAAGUUGAAAAAGGAUCGUUGGCAGGAGAAACAUAUCUUGAGACCAUAUUUGGCUUUUGACAGCGUACUCUGUGAAGCCUUGCAGCACAACCUGCCACCUUUUACUCCACCUCCUCACACAAAAGACUCUGUAUACCCUGUUCCACAAGUCAUUUUCAGAAUGUUCGACUACACAGAUGCCCCUGAGGGUCCAGUCAUGCCUGGCAGCCACUCUGUUGAGAGAUUUGUAAUUGAAGAGAAUCUCCGUUGUAUUAUCAAAUCUCAUUGGAGAGAAAGAAAAACAUGUGCUGCACAGCUGCUUAGUUAUCCAGGGAAAAACAAAAUUCCUCUGAAUUACCAUAUAGUAGAGGUUGUCUUUGGAGAACUUUUCCGGUUGCCCCAACCCCCUCAUAUUGAAGUCAUGUAUACAACAUUAUUGAUUGAACUCUGCAAACUGCAGCCUGGCUCUUUGCCACAAGUUCUUGCACAAGCCACUGAGAUGUUAUACAUGCGGAUUGAUGCAAUGAAUACAAUUUGCGUAGACAGAUUUAUCAACUGGUUUUCUCAUCAUUUAAGUAAUUUUCAAUUCAGAUGGAGUUGGGAUGACUGGUCUGACUGCCUGGCUCUGGAUCCUGACAAAGCCAAACCAAAGUUUUUGCGUGAAGUGUUGGAGAAAUGUAUGAGGCUUUCCUAUUAUCAAAGAAUAGUGGAUAUUGUGCCAGAGAACUUUGCUGCCUUGUUGCCAGCAAAUCCAUUAUCUGUUUACAAGUAUGGUGAUGAGAGCAACAGUUCUCUGCCUGGCUAUGCUGUGGCUGUCAGUUUAUGCAAUGCUAUUAAAAGCAAAGCAAAUAAUGAUGAAAUUCUGAGCAUACUAAAAGAUCUCCCAAAUCCUAAUCAAGAGGAUGAUGAUGAUGAUGAAGGUUUCAGCUUUAAUCCUCUGAAGAUUGAAGUUUUUGUACAGACCUUGCUUUACCUGGCAUCCAAGUCCUUUAGCCAUUCCUUCAGUGCUUUAGCAAAAUUUCAUGAGAUUUUUAAGACUCUGGCUGAAGGUGAUGAGGGCAAGUUGCACGUACUUAGAGUCAUGUAUGACGUGUGGAAGUGCCAUCCUCAGAUGAUGGCCAUGUUGGUUGAUAAAAUGAUCCGAACACAGAUUGUAGACUGUGCAGCAGUGGCAAACUGGAUCUUCUCUUCAGAGAUGGCACAUGAUUUCACCAGGUUGUAUGUCUGGGAGAUUUUACACUCAACCAUCCGAAAGAUGAACAAACAUGUACAAAAGGUACAGAAAGAACUUGAAGAAACUAAAGAGAAACUGGAUAAACAGCACAAAAGGCGAGACAGUGAUGAUGACUAUGACCAGAAUAGUGAUGAUGAUGAUGAGGACGGUCCUUUGGAAGAACAAAUUGAACGUCUUCAGGAGAAAGUUGAGUCUGCUCAAAGUGAACAGAAAAACCUGUUUCUAGUAAUUUUCCAGCGUUUUAUAAUGAUAUUGACGGAACAUCUUGCAAGGUGUGAAACUGGUGGGAUUGAUUUUAACACGCCCUGGUACAAGAACUGUAUUGAACGGUUGCAGCAGAUUUUCCUCCAGCAUCACCAGAUCAUUCAGCAGUAUAUGGUGACUCUGGAGAACCUGCUCUUCACGGCUGAGCUGGACCACCACAUAUUGGCUGUUUUCCAACAGUUCUGUGCCCUUCAGUAAUGGCGAUUAGGUUACAGUUAAAAGAACUCUUUCAGAUUCUCAGUGUUACUUUAAUCCUGCAUUGGUGAAAGCUGACUCAAACAAGCAACAUUCUUGUAUUAAUAAUAUCCUUUUGCCUAAUAAUUUGUGAAACCAUGGAGCAUGAAGAAAGCUGCCAUUUACAUUAGAAAAGAUUUUUCUCUAAAAGAUUAGAUGUUAUGGUAUAGUUAAAAACUUAGAGGCUGGAGAGAUAGACAGAUAUAUAGUUUGAUUCAAAUUUUGGGAUUCACCUAAAUUUUAAAUUUGCUUGGUUUGGUGGUUUGAUACAGUGUUCUCUGCAUCUAAUACCUGUUCUUAUCCUCAUGAUUGCUCUUACAGUUUGUAAAUUAAGCUGCAUGUUGUAACUUGUCUGAAAUUGUGCUCCUUAUUAGUAGACCAACAUUUUGAAUUUA